AUGAGACGAAAUAGUCAUCCAAAAGCUGUCAAUGCUUUACUUAUUGUUGAUGUCCAAUAUGAUUUUAUUGAUGGGUCAUUAGCUCUUAAAAAUUGUCCGAGUCAACAUCAAGGAGAACAAGUUAUACCAAUGAUAAAUAAAUUAUUAAAAGAUAUACAUUUUGAUGUCGUAGUUUAUACACAAGAUUGGCAUACACAUGAUCAUAUAUCGUUUUUUGAUAAUUUACAUUUACGUGCACAUUUACUUGCCAAAGAUUCAAAACAAGCACAUGAAUUAAAUGUAUUCGAUACGGCAAUAUUUCUAUUGGAUGAUCCAAGACCAUUACGUGUUGAACAAAUACUUUGGCCAGCUCAUUGUAUACAACAUACUCAUGGUGCUGAAUUACAUAAAGAUUUAAACAUAAUAAAACCAACUAAAACUCGUAAAAUAAUUAAUUUAUUGAAAGGUUACGAUAGUAAUAUUGAUUCUUAUUCAGCGUUUUGGGAUAAUAUGAAAAUUCGUGAAACAGAAUUACAUUCAAAAUUAAAAGCACACAAUGUAUCACAAGUAUUUAUUGUUGGUAUAGCUACAGAUGUAUGUGUAUAUUUUACUGCUUUACAUGCACUUGAAAAUGGUUAUAAAACAUAUCUUAUACAAGAUGCAUGUCGUGGAGUUGAUGAAACAAAUAUUAACUUACGUCUUGAUGAAUUAAAAGGCCGUCAUUGCUCAGUUAUUCAAACAGCUGACGUUAAAGACUUAAUAUAA